UUCAGAAGUAUAGGAAUAACAGUUGUCAUAUGGGAUUGUAAGGCAUCUUAGAGAGGCGUUAGGCGUAUGCACAAAUGAUUGAGCAACAGCUGGAUAAGUUAUAAACAAAGCAGCAGCUUCAUUCUAUCCACCUACGUGUAUCACAUCUUCAUACUUCAGUUUCAAUAUCAGGAAAGCAGCAAUGGCGGAAGAUAUUGAUGAGAUUCUGGCUGAAAUCGAUGGCUCACAAAUUGAAGAAUAUCAAAAAUUUUUCGACAUGUUUGAUCGCGGUAAACAGGGCUACAUUAUGGCGACACAAAUUGGGCAGAUUAUGCAUGCGAUGGAACAGGAUUUUGAUGAAAAGCAACUUCGGAAGUUAAUUCGUAAAUUUGAUGCUGAUGGGUCCGGAAAACUGGAAUUCGAUGAAUUCUGUGCACUCGUCUACACCGUUGCCAAUACAGUUGAUAAGGAAACAUUGCAGAAAGAAUUAAGAGAAGCUUUCCGACUUUUUGACAAAGAGGGUAAUGGUUAUAUAUCUCGGCCUACCCUGAAAGCGCUUCUGAAAGAAAUUGCUGAUGAUCUGAGCGACGAACAGUUGGAAGCCGCUGUAGACGAAAUAGAUGAGGAUGGAUCUGGAAAGAUUGAAUUUGAAGAAUUUUGGGAAUUAAUGGCCGGUGAUGCUGACUGAACAGCAGUUGAUAAUUUUUGAACGUUCUUUUUGAAUUCAAUUACUGGUACGAAAAGCGACCUGUACUUAUGACCGAUAUUUAAUCGUUUGUUAUAUGAUACUAUGUAUUGUCAAUAUUAUAGAAAUAUUUUUAAGAUAUGAUUCGAAUAAUAAUUAAAUAUAAUGUAAUAAAGGAAAGAAAAGGUAGAACAAUCAAGGUGAUCUUCCUGAGCAGAAUUUAUGAUUACAAGUUCCAAUCAAAAUUUUCUUCGAGAGACUCAUCAAAUGAACGAUACCUAAUUGGUAUAAUAACAAGUAAAAUAACAGUUAUCAUUACUGUACAUAUAAGAAAUAUCCAAAAUAGUAAACGAUCGACUACGUGAGCUACUUGACGCCAUUCGCUCGUCAACAUUUGAUAUAAUUCGUUCGUUUCUUGACGUUUCAAAAACGUCUGCAAUGUACUUCAUGAUUCGUUUGACCCAGAAGAUUCAUGAUGACAAAUUAUAGCGAUAGAGAAU